UAAAUUCAUUACACCGGAACCACCAUCUUUUUAACAAUCGACAACUUUCAUCACGGAGUCCCCAAUAGCUCUUCAUCCUGUUGCCAAGCCACUGGAAAGCCUUCCACAGGAAAUUGAUUCACUGGCUUGCCUUGUAGGAGGGUAGCCCAUACGGUACCGGUACCGUAGGACAUAGGAGGCUGUUAUAAAAGAGUCAAUCUACAGGAGCCUCGCUCAAUAGGAGAUUGAGGUAUACCGUACGGCUCUGCCCAGUAUUCAAGUCUCUAGUGUGCAUCUUUAAUGAGCACGAUGUCAAACAAGAGAACAAUAGACUCCUUUUUCACCCCACCGGCCAAGCAGCGGAAAGUGGAUGGGUCAAAUGCCCAUGAGGUAUCAAGUGUCAUUUCCAAUCAUCCGACAUACCCGUUCCCCAUACCAGGCCUUCCAGCUCAUAUCGAGAAGGAGCUGUCAUCGUUGCCAGCAACUCAGGGCCGUAUCGUCAAUGACCAGUUGGAUCUCGACCUGCUGUAUUUCCAGCCGUACGUUCCUGGAUACCUUGCCAAGGAUGCUUUCAGCUUUCUACGGUCGGAACUGCCAUUUUAUAGAGUCAAGUACACAAUCAAAAGGGGACCCACCGAAACUCAUAUUAACACGCCUAGAUAUACCACAGUCUUUGGCAUCGAUGACACCUCACGUUUUACAGAGGAAGGGAUGGUUGUCGAUUCAAAGACAGGAGUAAAUGUUCCUGGCAAUCCGUAUCCGAACUGCUCACCUCGGCCAAUCCCCAACUGCCUCGAUGACCUCCGUCGGUCGGCCGAAGCGGCCACGGGCUAUCAGUUCAAUUUCUGCCUGGUGAACUAUUACUCCUCUGGGUCUGAUAGCAUCAGCUAUCAUUCUGACGAUGAGCGCUUUCUUGGGCCAGAUCCUGCCAUCGCAUCAUUUUCUUUUGGCGCGAGGAGGGACUUCCUACUGAAGCACAAGCCCCUUGCUCCUAGCGACCAGAAAACAAGCGGACCGGACCCAAAGCCCUUGAAGCUGCCCCUCGAGAGCGGUGACAUGAUUCUGAUGCGAGGGAAAACCCAGUCCUGCUGGCUGCACUCGAUUCCAAAACGAACAGGCAAGAAUGAGAAGGAUGGCGGCCGCAUAAACAUCACGUUUAGAAAGGCACUGGUGAAAGGCGGGACCAGCAACUACUACAAUUAUAAUGUGGGGACUGGACCGGUCUAUAAAUGGGACAAGGUUGCUCAAGAAAUGAGGACGUGGAUUCCUUGA